GACUUUUAUUACAAAGUAUUUUGUUGUUAUUAUUGGGGAAUGUGUCAUUUGUUAUAUUGUCCAUAUUGUUGAACAUAGCAGUAAGUUUAACAGUUUGAUGGUUAUAUCUGCAGAAAUAAGGUGUUUGUAUGUUGCUGAAGAAUUUCAUGGAGGAUAAGCAACUGAAUUUGAGUCAACCCUUUCUGUCAGUAAGACGAGUCUCUCCAACAUCGGCUUCUGGGAGAGAUGAGACGAAGAAAACUGAAUAUUCUCUCCCCACCGUAACUCAUCCUCCUCGUUACAAAUCAGAACUGAAGUCAGGUCCAGUGAGGAACCCAGGAGUUGUACCUUUCCUCUGGGAACAAAGCCCUGGAAAACCAAAGUAUGAAAGCAAACGGCAAAUUCGUGCUUCUGAUAAACCACCUAUUGCCCCGAGACUUCCCCCAGGGAGAAAACUAAAAGAUAACCAGGAUUCUGAUAAUGCCCGUGAGAGUCAAAACGUUAGUAAGGGCCAAAUAGGAAAUGCUCAACAUUCCUCGCCGAGCUGCAUGAACUUGGACGAAAAGACGAAGAAGAUUGAUAGUAUUGACUGCUCAAAAGAAAUUAAACAGGAUAAGGAAAAAAGUGAAUCAGGGGAUGGUGAUGAAGCAUACAUGGAUGCCCCUGAUAAGCUUUCGAGAACUGAAUCAUUCUUUCUGAAUUGUAGCAUAAGUGGCUUAAGUGGAUUAGACGAGCCAGAAGCAAAACCAUUUAGUACCUCGUUAACAGAUCCACAAACUAGAGAUUUCAUGAUUGAUCGGUUUCUGCCAGCAGCCAAGGCGAUGGCUUCAGAAAAGACUUUAGAAAUGCCUCACUAUGCGCCCAGGAAGCAACAAGCUGUUCAGGAGCAACCAAGACAACUGAAGAAGGUAGUAAAUGGGGAUAAACGGCCUCAACUGCGUUAUGGACCUAGUUUUGCACGUCGUUAUUCCCAAUUUCAUGAUAACGGCGAAGAAGAAGAAAGCGAUGAUGACAGUUAUGAUGAUGGAAAUCUACCUUAUAAAGUUUGUGGAUUACUGCCUCGUUUUUGCUUGAAAAGUUCAUUUUGUCUUCUGAAUCCUGUACCUGGUAUGAGUGUACGAACUCGAGUGCCCAUAUCUCCUGCCAGUAGAACACGAACUGGAUCAUCAUCUACCGCUUCUUGUAGCGGAUCCGAGAAUGAGGAUAAGAAUGAUGUGAAUGGCAGGGACAUUUCUGCCUAUGCUAAUGAUCCUUCUCAGAACUAUGUAAAUAAAGCAAUCCCUGGCUCUAAUGAAGAAGGAAAUAAUCCAGAGCCAGUUUGCUUGGGGUUGCAGAAGAAUACCAGAAAUAGCUUUCCUUAUCGGAACGAUGCAAGAAUAGCGGAUUUAGAAACUCCUCUGGCCGAGAAAACUCUGCAUGUAGAUAUUGUACAUAAGGUGGAAUCUCCAAUUAUGAAAUCAUGUUCUGCUACAAUGGAGAGACCAUUUAACUUACAUGAUCAGGACCAUGAGAUUCUUAAAAAGACAACAGAACAAAAGCACUUGGUAGAUUCUUCGCUUAGCUAUUUUACUAAUCCUGCGGAGGAUAGAACGUCACAGCAAAAUACUCAAAAGGAAGUUUCCUAUCCACCAUCAUCAGCAGAAAAAUUGAACAAUGGAGGGGAAAUGAUGGCACUGUUGGUUUCUGGACAAGCUCAAGACCAUUACCAGGACGCAGUCACCUCAACAAAGCCAAAGAAUGAUGUUAAGCGCAGUACAAGAAAGAAAAAUGUUAAAAAAGAAAAGUUAGAGAACUCAAGCGUGGUACACUCGAUGCUUCCUGCCCCCCCUCCUUUACCAAAAUCUCCUUCAGAUUCAUGGCUUUGCCGUACUUUGCCUUCACUAUCCACAAAAUAUGCAUUGUCAAGAUCAUAUGUUGGGACAGGAAUAAGUCCUGAAAAACAAUCUUGUAAGACACUAUCCACUGAUCCCAAGUGGGAAACAAUUGUUAAAACAACGGGACAUCAACAGUAUCCGCGAUAUUCUGAGGAACGGAUGGCUUUGACACCUAUACCAGAAGCUCAAUAGAAGACGUAGAGGCUUUUCUGAAGUCGUCUGAUUGUUUCCCAUGCUUUCCCGCGUAAAAUGAAAUAGUUUCUCGGGUAAAUCAAUCAGUACAACAUGUUGCAAGAUGAUUGAUAAUAUUCAGUUUUGGUCGAUUCUACACUUCCUUUGUCCAGCUAUAAUGGGUUUGUAACUGUAAGUUUUAUGCCCAAUUCAUAAUAUACUGUAAUUACAGCACGGAAUAAAAAGUCUUUGUACAGGUAAACAUGAGAGUCAAUCAACAUGAAUCCCCUAUAUGAUUGAUUUAUAAUAAGAAGGUUUCUGGUUUACAUGUA